AUGGCUGCCAUACAAGAUUUUAUGCAUACAAUUUCACCACGACUUGCUAUAUUACUAGAUUAUGAUGGACAAGAAGCACCACAUACUUAUUUUGCAAAACUUAGAGCUAUAAAUGAAACAGCCAGAUCUUUAGUUCCAGCACAAAAUCCGUAUAAUGCUAAUGCAAAUAUUGGUACUGAAGCAGAAGUUUAUAACUGGAUGCAGGGUGACUUAAUAAUACCGAAUGCAAUUCUAGAUACCGGAGCAGAUGAUUCAUUGUAUACAGAUAAUAUUCCCGAAUAUUUAGGGAUAAAAAUAGAUAAUAAAAAUGUUAAUAAACUUACGGGUGCGGUUGGAAAUUCUCAAUCCAUUGGUACUUCAUAUAAUGUUCCUAUAUCUAUAGAUAGUGAAAAAGAUUCGAUAACAGUUUCUGAAAAAGAAAUAUCUGUAAUCCCCACAAAAAAGGAUCGAAAUGGAAAAGAUAUAUCUAUAAUGAUGCUUGGUACAAAAUGGCAACAUCGUGUUGGAUGGGAUCCGAUAGUGAAAGGAGAAUUCACAGCUGCACACAAUGGAAAGACUAUUACAAUUCUUCUUUCUACUCGCAAAGAAUCACGUAAUGCAUUUAAUACAGAAAAAUGGCACUCACCAGAAGGUUUUAAACUACCAGAUUCUGUUACUACUGAAGAG